CUAAAAUGCUUACAUAUCUUUGAUGCUGGCUUUGUGUUUUCCCAUCAGUACACAUCUUUGCACCAAGAAGCAUUUGUUAGUUUUUUGCGAUCAAAGUAAAAUCAAAGCUAUGCAGGAGGCGAAGCUCGGUGGCGAAAUCAACAUGCAACGCAGUGGAAGUAUGCAACUAAAGGAGAAGAAGGUGAGGGAUUUGAUGGUGGACAAGAAGAGGCUAGUGGAGGUGCCGUACAUGGCGUCGCUGGCCCACACAAUGACUACACUGGUAGCGAACAAGGUUGUGGCGGUGCCGGUGGCUGCGCCGCCGGGGAAAUGGAUCGGAGCCGGAGGUUCCAUGAUCGUGGAGUCUGAUAAGCAAACCGGAGACGUACGGAAGCACUACAUAGGGAUGGUGACUAUGCUUGACAUUGUGGCCCACAUCGCUGGUGAUGACCAUUUGGGUGGUGGCGAUGAUAUCACCAAAGACCUUGAUCAAAAGAUGUCUGACCCUGUCUCCUCCAUCAUUGGCCACUCCUUUGAAGGUCUUACCUUGUGGACUCUCAAUCCUAAUACCAGUCUGCUAGAUUGUAUGGAAGUGUUGAGCAAAGGGGUGCAUCGUGCUAUGGUACCGGUAGAUGGGCAGGCGGAGAACAUGUCAGCUGGGGUGGAACUUGUAGAGUCUGCUUCCAGCUACCAAAUGCUGACUCAGAUGGAUGUGCUUAGGUUCUUGCAUGAUCGUGCUGGUGAAGCUGAUCGUGAACUGCAGAGCAUUCUCUCUCGUUCUGUUCAAGAUUUGGGGGCCGACACUGAACAGAUUUAUGCCAUCACUGACCGCACAAAACUCGUGGAUGCCAUUAAGUGCUUAAAGGCCGCUAUGUUAAAUGCUGUUCCUAUUGUUAGAGCCUCUGAUGUCGGUCAAGAUGAUCACAAGCAGCAUAUAAAUGGCAGAUGCAGGAAGCUUAUUGGUACAUUUUCUGCAACUGAUUUGAGGGGAUGCCACGUAGCCACGCUGAAAUCAUGGUUGGGAAUAAGUGCACUAGCAUUCACUGAAGAAGUUGCAUCGAGUCCUUUGUACACAGAAUCGGACACCCAGAUCAAUAGAAGGGAGCUUGUCACUUGCUUUGCCGAAUCACCCUUGUCUGAGGUGAUUGAAAAGGCAGUGACUAGGCAUGUUCAUCGAGUUUGGGUGGUGGAUCAUGAAGGUUUGCUCGUGGGGGUUGUUUCACUUACAGAUGUAAUUAGAGUUACAAGACAUUCUAUGCUAUCAUCAGAUUCUGAUGAUCUGUAACAAGCUCAGUUUCAUGCCCAGUUGGAGCUUUGCUUAAUCUGUCAUGAGAACUGAGCAUUUUGGAAAAUUAGUAAAAUAGGUCUGUUGCUACAUGUAUGGUGUGAUCCUAAAGAAUAUCUAUAGAUAUUAAUAUACACUAUACAGUAGUACUCCUUUGGACUCAAUCGAUGUUAGUUGCACGUUCCAUGUUUCGUUGGUAACAUCUUGUUUAUGAAACAUUGAGAAAAUUACUGGCUGCAUAAUAAUGCACAAAUGUUACAUAUGAAAAGUGUUUGACUCAA